AUGAAGAAUCGGCAGGCGCCGAAAUGCGGGAUCGACCUGUCCUUCUUCCUCGGAAUGGCCACCCCGCUCACCAGCCAGAAUUAUCCCAACAAUUAUCCCAGCUCGCACUCCUGCACCUGGAAGUUCUCGUGUCCGGUGGACAUGACGGUCCAAUGCUCCGAUGUGAGACUCCCGUGGAAUCUCUUCUGCAUCUGGGGCGGCUUCACUUUCAAUGGAAAGACAAUCUGUGGAACGAGCACUUACUUUCAAAAUCCAGUAAAUGUUGGGAGAACACUCUCCGCCCGUCUUUAUGCCGCAGGUUACACCGGACCAGGACUCAAAUGCACUGUCACCUGUGGUAAAAAAGCUGCUUGCACUAAGUUCAAGAAAGGAUCGUCCGCAUUGCUCGAGUUGGACUGCGGAAUGUCCCAGUACCCGGGCAAGAGAUCCGGGGACGCCCCGGCGAACUCGACGGGACUGGACCGCAGCGUCGGAGGCACGGUCGUGCCCAGCCAGAAGAAAUAUCCCUGGAUGGUGUGGAUCAGGCUGAAUCCGACGACGCUGUCGGUGCAUUGCGGUGGGUCACUCAUCAACGAUCGAUACGUCCUGACGGCCGCCCACUGCGUCUAUGAGAAUCCCUCCGCCACCUACUAUGUGGUCCUGGGAGAUUUGAAUCGAUAUUCGUCGUCGGAAAGCGUAUCGAUACAGACCCCAGCUCGGGCCAUCCCCCAUGAGCAAUUCCUGAUAAGGAAAUCCGGAUCGACCGUGACGGCGAUCGACCACGACAUCCCCUUGCUGAAGCUGGAAAUGCCGGCGGACUUCCAAGGCUACCCGCACAUUCGGCCGAUCUGCCUCCCCAAACCCGGCGUUUCCGUCGAUGGGGUGCCGGUGACUGUCGCCGGAUGGGGCGCGAUGUCUUUGCUAUUUUCACACCUCGGCAUCCCCACAGUAACAAUGCUGGAGGCGAAUCUUCAGACCGCGAGCGACUCUGUUUGCCAAAAGAACUACGGAUCCCUAUUCACGAAAAACUUCAUCUGCGCGCAGAAGGCUGGAAAGGAUAUCUGCCACGGGGAUUCCGGUGGACCGUUGAUGCACCGAAUCCCAGGAUCGUUCUACUUCAACGUCGGGAUCAACUCGUUCACGAAAGGAUGCGACCCACAGUACGGCGCUGCAUUCGCGGCGACGGCAAAUUACGUGGACAGCUUCAUCGGAAUGUACACCAACGACGCCCAGUGGUGUGCAAUUCCCAGGUUUUAG